CGGCGGCGGCGCGUGCGCGCGGCCCGUGAGGCGGCGGUAACAUGGCGGCGGCGGGGCGGGAGGAGCCGCCGCUGGGGCUCGAGGUGGUGGCGGAGGAGGCGGCGGCGGCGGCGAGCGCCGGGUUCCGGCUCACGGCGGUGCGGCGAGAGCCGGCGGUGCGGCUGCAGCACGGCGCCAGCGGGUUGGAGCCGCUGGCCUGGUCCGAGGACCACCGGGUGUCGGUGAGCACGGCCCGCAGCAUCGCCGUGCUGGAGCAGCUCAGCGACGUGCACAGCGGCGGGCAGGACAUGGUCAUCCACCGCACCGCCGUGCCCGCGCCCGGCGCCGCCUGCACGCUCAAGGUUGGCCCAAAGAAGGAGGUGGCUGAGUGCAAGGAGAAGUUCGCCAGCUCCGUGGACCCCACCGUCAGCCAGAUGUUUAUGCUGGACCGAGUGUUCAACCCCGAGGGGAAGUCCCUGACGCCCAUGCGGGGCUUCAAAUACUCCAGCUGGUCCCCUCUGGGCUGCGACGCCAACGGGAGGUGCCUGCUGGCAGCGCUGACCAUGGACAACCGCCUGACCAUCCACGCCAACCUCAACCGGCUGCAGUGGGUGCAGCUGGUGGACCUGACGGAGCUCUACGGCGAGCGCCUGCUGGAGGCCGGGUACCGGCUGUGCAAGGCCGACGCUCCCCGCGGGGAGCUGGGAGACUUCCCCGAGUUCCAGCGGCGCCACAGCAUGCAGGCCCCGGUGCGCAUGGAGUGGUCGGGCAUCUGCACCACGCAGCAGGUGAAGCACAACAACGAGUGCCGGGACGUGGGCAGCGUGCUGCUGGCCGUGCUCUUCGAGAACGGCAACAUCGCCGUGUGGCAGUUCCAGCUGCCCUUUUUGGGGAAGGAAUCCAUCACGUCCUGCAACACCAUCGAGUCGGGGAUAAGCUCCCCCAGCGUGCUGUCGUGGUGGGAGUACGAGCACAACAACCGCAAGAUGAGCGGGCUGAUCGUGGGCAGCGCGUACGGCCCCGUGAAGAUCAUCCCCGUCAACCUCAAGGCGGUCAAAGGCUACUUCACGCUGAGGCAGCCCGUGGUCUUGUGGCAGGAGAUGGACCAGCUGCCCGUGCACAGCAUCAAAUGCAUCCCUCUCUACCACCCCUACCAGAAAUGCAGCUGCAGCCUGGUGGUGGCCGCGAGAGGCCCUUACGUGUUCUGGUGCCUGCUGCUGAUAUCCAAAGCGGGGCUCAACGUCCACAAUUCCCACGUGACGGGGCUCCACUCCUUGCCCAUCGUCUCCAUGACGGCGGACAAGCAGAACGGCACGGUGUACACCUGCUCCAGCGACGGCAAGGUCAGGCAGCUCAUCCCCAUAUUCACAGACGUGGCUCUGAAGUUCGAGCACCAGCUGAUAAAGCUCUCGGAGGUGUUUGGCUGUGUCAGGACUCACGGCAUCGCCGUCAGCCCGUGCGGGGCCUACCUGGCAGUUGUCACCACCGAGGGCAUGGCCAACGGGCUGCACCCCGUCAACAAAAACUACCAAGUCCAGUUUGUCACCCUCAAGACUUUCGAGGAGGCGGCUGCACAGCUCUUGGAAUCUUCUGUUCAGAACCUUUUCCGGCAGGUGGACUUGACGGAUCUGGUACGCUGGAAAAUCUUGAAGGAUAAGCACAUUCCUCAAUUCUUACAGGAAGCACUGGAUAAAAAGAUAGAGAGCUGUGGUUCCACUUACUUCUGGAGGUUUAAGUUGUUCCUCUUGAGGAUUCUGUACCAGUCGAUGCAGAAAGCCCCCUCAGAGGUCACCUGGAGACCUUCACACGAGGAUGCCAAAAUCUUGAUAUCAGAUUCCCCUGGGAUGGGCAGCACUGAAGAUGACCAAGAGGAAGGAACAUCAAAACAAGCCAGCAAGCAGAGCCUGGGGGACACAGGCAAGGGAGUGGACAUUGAUGACACUGCAGAGGAUUCUCUCCAUCAGUCAGGUGACACUGGAGGCCGUGAGCCAAUGGUAGAAAAGCUCCUUGAAAUACAGGCACAGAUUGAGGCCGUAGAAAUGCACUUGACACGGGAGCACAUGAAACGGGUGUUGGGAGAAGUUUACCUGCACACGUGGAUUACAGAGAACACCAGCAUUCCCACCAGAGGAGUCUGUGACUUCCUAAUGUCCGAUGAUGGCUACGAUGACAGAACAGCACGAGUGCUGAUCGGGCACAUCCUGAAGAAGAUGAACAAGCAGACGUUCCCCGAGCACUGCAGCCUGUGCAAGGAGAUCCUGCCCUUCACCGACCGCAAGCAGGCCGUGUGCUCCAACGGCCACAUCUGGCUCAGGUGCUUCCUAACCUACCAGUCCUGCCAGAGUUUGGUGUACAGGAGGUGUUUGCUUCACGACAGCAUUGCACGGCACCCAACCCCAGAAGAUCCUGAAUGGAUCAAGAGGUUAUUGCAGGGACCUUGCACCUUCUGUGAUUCUCCUGUGUUCUAGAGAAAAGCUGUGUCAAGACUGAAAGCAUUUUCUGUGCUGCAUAAGCUCCCUCCAGCCUGGGAGGAUACAGAGACAGGAACACAGGCUGCUGGACAGGAACACCUUGUCCACAGCCCUGUACAUAGAACGUGACAGGUUCUACAAACUCCUGACAUCCAGAGCCCGUUCCAUGCUCCAGAAACAGGAAUACACCUGGAACAGCCAGUUUGAAGCUGUUUGGAAAUGCAUCCGUGGAAGCCUCAGCAGCUGGACACUGAAGGAGCUGGAGGGUUGGGCGUGGUGGGAAUUGUCCUUUCUGCCUGACACCAGUGGCAAUCCCCAAAAGCUGGGAUGGGAACAGCAGAGCUGCCUCUUGAAGGGUCCUGGUGGGUAGAGAAGCUCCAGCUCGCAGUGCUCUGCUUUGCAUUUUACCCUGGCAUUUGCUGCAGAACAUGGAAUUCUUCAGAUAAUCCAUGGUUCCAGUGUCUUGCCCAGAGAGGCAGGUGCCAGUUAGAGCCAUAUGAAAGAAUUUGGCCAUGACAUGAAUUCCUCUGAAAGUCUAGAGGAGUAACUGCCUCAGAAAUGUAACAGUGUUUCAUCAGAAGGGUCAUAGUGGCUGCCUGGGUCAAAUAGGAAUCAGUAAGGAUAAUUUUUAAAUAUAAUAAUUAUUAAACUAAUAGCAAUUAGCUUAAACACUAAUAUAUAUACAUAUAUAUAAAAUUUCCAAUGCUCUUAAGUCUCUUGCCCCACUUUCUUUUUCUGAACUAAGUUCUAACUCCUUCCCAGCUCUUGCCCAUGUAUUUGCCUUUGGUUUCACUGAACCCUCUACCAAGAGGAAUUCUCUUUUGAAGAGAAACUCAGUCACCAAAAGUAUUACAAAUUAACACUACUGUCAAUUAAAUUGAGAGUCUCGCUCAUACAGCAGUUGAGUUUUACACAAAUCUGACAUGCAAUAGUCACUCUUAGCUGAUGCUUUUUCUUGUCAUAAAAGCUCAGUAAAAAAACCCCAAACCAAACAGAACACCCCAAACCCAACCCCACCAUGGCUGACAUGCUCUAGGCAGGGCCAAGGAGGCUGGUGAAGCUCUUUGUGUAUCCCAGAAUGGUUUGGGUUGGAAGGGACCUUAAAGCUCAUCUCCUGUCCCCUGCCGUGGCAGGGACAUCUUCCACUGUCCCAGGCUGCUCCAGCCUUGUCCAGCCUGGCCUUGGGCACUUCCAGGGAUCCAGGGGCAGCCACAGCUGCUCUGGACACCCUGUGCCAGGGUCUCCCACCCUCACAGGGAAGGAUUUUUUUCUAAUAUCCCGUCUAAGCCCUUUGAAGCCUUCUCCCUUGUCCUGUCACUCCAGGUUCUUGUAGAAAGUCCCUUUCCAUCUCAAGUGGCUGAGCCCAGAAAUUUUUUUUGCUUUCUAUUUGUCUUAUCAGAAAAAACAUCCUUUUUUUGCCAUCUGUUCCUACAGAGAGCAGAAUCCUUUUCAAUCCUAUGCAGUGUUAGAGGAAUAACACCUCCCAAAUGUGUGUGGUUACUCGGAACAGUUUGUCUUGUUACCUUCAAUCCCUGCUGUCAGAUAACCCUGGGUUUGUGCAUUUCCAUUCUGCAGAGUACCAGUGGCAGAGGUGCCGCCCUGUCUGUGAUUCCUGACACUUCCACUGUGUGGGAAGUGCUCCACAGCUGUUGGGAAAUGAUGGAAUUGUGAAUGGAAUGAUGGAAUUGUGCUGACAGUAUCAGUCUCCCACCAGUGCAUGUGUGAUUGGUGCUUGUUUCCUCCAUUCAAUGACUAUGCAUAUUUUUUUCAUGUUCCUUCACCUUUAAUAGGAGCAAUUUUUUUUCAGCAGACAUUAAAGAAGUCAGCUGUCCUUCUGCUCAGUGUCUCAUGCAUUAAGCAUGAUCAUGCAUUGACUGAGAAGAACGUUACUGUAGUAGCUUAGAAACAGCAGAAGCACAUUCAUCUGUAAAAUAAUUAGCCUUGUUUGUAAAUAUCCUUGGAAGUGAUACCAUAAUUGUAUUAAAGAAACAUUUAGUUUUUUAUUGCUGUGCAUUGAAAAUUGAAAUUACUUCAGUGUGUCUGCAGGGAAGGGAAGUGUAGCUCGUGUUGGUACCCAGUAAAACAAGGAGUAACCUCAGUACCCAACGUGUGUGGAGUUUGGGGCCAGCUCUGGUACCUGGGACAAAACUUCCCAGUGCUGAUGGGGCGUGGGGGAACAGAACAUCCAUUUCCACAUGAGCUGAGUGGAGGUUUAUUCAUGGUGGGUGAGAAUGUAUUUUAAAUGGAAGCUGCAAGUCCUUGUCCUGGCAGCUGUGACCAGCUCAUCAGUAAAUAUUCCAGUUUAGAAUUCUGCCCGUGCAGAAGGGGAGGGGCCCUGCAGAACCCUGUCCCAGUGCUUUCAGAAAAAGUCAAAGAACAUUUCUUUGCCCAUGGUUUAGACACCAUAAAAAUAUUCUGAUCUACUGAAAUGUUUAAGUCUGGCUGACCCAAAGGUUCACAUGAUAACACAUUAGACUGGUUCUUGCUGAUCAUUUCUGGCAGUUCUCUUCAAUUUCCCUGAACUGAGUUUUAAUGCUUUGCCAUGCAGAAGCUCGAGCACACCUCACAUUAACAUUGCAGCAUUAGUGUUUAUUUUCCCUGUCUUUCAAGGCAGUAAAUACUCAGUCUGCCAUUGCCAGUUUAUUUAACCUGGUUUCAGACUUGUAGGAAAAUGGAAUUUUAAAGCCAACAACAUUGUCUCUUUGUGGAGAUCCUUUAGCAAAAAGCUUUCACUCUUCACCCUGACCUGUUCACAACAAGUACAGAGGAACUGGGAUUUCAUUUUUCUGUAAACCAGCACUCGUCCCUAAGUGCAUUUUUAACCAGAAUAGCAGAGCCCACCUCACUCAGCAACAUUUAACCCCUGGUGCUGACCUGAGUGGGUUUGGCUGCUCCAGGAAUAUUUUUAUGCCUCAGACUGGUGAGGGGCAGAUCUGGGGCUGGUCCUGCUCCUGCAGGGCUGCAGCAGCACCUCGGGCAUUGUCCCACACGUUGUCCUGGUCAGAUCUUGCUGUCACCUCCUGGGAAGGGCAGCAAGGAGCGAGCCCCUGCUGCCAGACCCUUGUGUUAUUUUGUCAUUGUCAGAGUUACCUCCUCAAACUAACACAGCUAUUGAGGCCCAGUCUGUUUGGAGACACCAACUGAAGUGUUCAAAGAGCAAAGCUCACAGAAUUGGAGAUCAUCUCAGCAGGAUUUGGCCAAGUUUUGCAGGAUACAUCAACCAAGUGAAUAGUGGGAAGGUGUCAACUGCUUGCCCAUUUGGUGGUGAACACUCUGGCUGUUCCAGGGCCCUCAUCUCCAGAGGGAGAGCAACAUUCCAGCAGAGACUGAGGGCUCCUGAUGUUCCUCUUUUUUUUUUUUUUUUUAAAGGGUUGGGAUAUUUGCUCUUGCAGCUGAGAAUUAACAGGCAGAGAUCCUGUUUGUCCAGAGCUAAGGUGUGAUUUUCCUUGAUGAGGAGCUGCUGACAGCAUUUAAGAUUUGCUGCUCACGCUGGUAUCACACUGGGAGUUAAUCCCUCCUCCACUGGGAUGAAGAAAUCAUCUCCCUUGGCUAGUCCAAGUUGGAUGGAUAAUUGGAACAACUCUGGACUGUGCAUUGUCCUAGUGCCUUGCUGCUAAAUGCCAUUCCUGGAACUAAGGAGGAAUUUUGGGGUCACAAGGACUGAGUCUUGUGUCUCCAAAUGACACCCCCUGCUCUGGGAGUGUUGGUGAGGGACCUCUGCUGCCUUUUACCUCAAUUCACUGAUGGCUCUGGGACUCCAUCAUUCACCACCCUUUCCUUUGGUGUUUCCUCAUCCUCUUAAUCCUACUGUGUAUUUCUAGAGAGGAAAUACUGUGGUUGUCAAUGCACACAUAAAGACAGUAAAUAUUCUUUGGGAUAGGGGAGGAGGACAAGCCAUUCCUGCUCCUCAGAGCAGGUUUGGGUUAACAUCAUUCCAAACCUCCCAGGAAAUCCUUCAAGAGCUACAGGGGUCCCUGCAGAUCUCCUGCCUGGGGGUGUUCAAGUGCCCUUCCACCACUCAAGGAUCCGGUGUCUGGAGCUGGUGGACACAAAAGUUUGUGGAACAGUUGGACAAACUGACCUUGUUGCUAAACUACAUCAUUAACAGCAGAACUUAGGGUACAGCACAAGCUCCAGGCAGUAUCUUCUCCACAAAGUGUCUCUGGGAGGCAGAGUGAUGGAAGGUGUCCAUUCCAGACCUGGCCAAAGCUGCACCAUCAGUAACGGCUGAUCCCUGCUGUGUUCCUACCACCUCCUCCUCACCUUGUUUUUCUCAUUGCCCAACAUUUGUUUUGCCAGAAUAAGAUGCUAAUAAAAUCACGCCUAGUUACCAAAUUGGUUUUCAAGU